UAAAUACCAUAGCACAGCUGAUUUUGCACUUAAAAGUAAACAAGCUGAACGAUUCUUUUUGUUUUUUUUUCGGUUUAUGAUGCUGCUGCAACGUGUAUGGUUGCCACAAAUAAACAACCAUCUCCGGCAAUACGCAAAAAAGAGUAGGGUGCAUUUUAAGCCAAUCAUGGCGGUGAACAGACGCAUGGUCCACCAAGAAAUACUGCAUUAUGUAAAUCCUUUUGCUAGGAUCAACGUUAAGUCUGAUGUUUUCGUGCGGAUCCAACCGGCGGAUGUGCAUAAGUACACCAGCGGAGAUGUGUUUAUAGCCCAAUUAAUUGGUGGUCAAGUAAAAAACUGCAAUGUAUCGCUAGAUGUAAAAAUAACCGAUGAAGACAAGGUGGUCAAUGUGGUGGUAAAGAAACUGACAGAGCAAACCUCGCAAUUCGAGUGCAAUCUGCAAAUUCCUGUGCGAUCAGAUGUUGCCGUGGAUGCCAAAGGAAACGUUCGGGUGGAAGGAGUCCAGAGUGAACUCUUGCAGGUCAAGGCAGACGGAGGCAUCCUCACCAAGAAUAUUAAAGCCACUAAUAUAAGCCUGUUUAGCGAAAACGGUCAAAUCAUUUGCCAGGGAACGCUGCUGGGGAAGAUCACCGAAAUAGAAACACACAAUGGGAGCAUUUCAUUGGACAAAUUACAAGGAGAUAGCCUGAAUUGCUCCACCAAGGCUGGCAGUAUUGAAACAGACUGUUGCUAUGUAGAAAACUCCAAAUUCCAGACGCAAACUGGACGCCUGGAACUUAAGAAUGUCCACAAAAGCAGCCAAGUUCAUAUCCACCAAUCAGCAGAUCUAAAUAUGACUGGUGUACAUGGAAACCUGCAAGUAAUGACCAAAGGGGGCAGCUUAAAUGUCCAACUAUCAGAGCUUGUGGGUCACAAUAAAAUCGAUGCCCACAACCUAGACGAAGAGGCUUUAAUUCAUAUAUCACAAGCCAUUGAGCAGGACCUCCACAUAGAGAUAACAGCCUCUGAAGUUAAAUUGGAGACCGGACUAGAACAUGUAGCCCAUGCUCUCAACGUGGACAAAAACAAAUUCCUGCUAAGCAAUUCUAACACAAAUCUCCUACAAGUCAGCAGCACUGGCGCCAAAGGCGUCCGCCUUGGAAAACAAUCCUGGAGCGAUAUGAUGAGAGCAAAACUAAAUGUCAUUGGAACCGAACUACCAUAGUUAAAGACAGGCUCUUACUAAGUUACGAAUAUAUUGAGCUGCAAGCUACAAUCUCA